AUGGCGGAUCCCAGCUCGUUCGCGGCCCCCGACGCCUGCCGCGCCCACCACCUGCACCUGCGCUGCCGCGUGGACUUCGAGAGCCGCUCUCUGCGGGGGGCCGCGGCCCUGACCGUGCGGGCGGAACGCGACAGCCUGCGUUGCUUGGUGUUGGACACAAAGGAUCUAACAAUACACAAAGUACUUGUCAAUGGACAGGAGGCAACGUUUGCUCUUGGGGAACAUCACAGCUUCAAAGGAACACCAAUGGAAAUCACACUACCUUUUGAGCUGGGGAAGGGGCAAGAUGUGGUUGUAGAGAUCUCAUUUGAAACUUCUCCGAAGUCCUCAGCACUCCAAUGGCUUUCUCCUGAACAAACAUCUGGAAGAAGACAUCCAUUUCUCUUCAGCCAGUUUCAGGCUCAUCACUGCAGAGCUGUUCUUCCCUGCCAAGAUACGCCUGCUGUGAAAUUAACAUACUAUGCAGAGAUAUCUGUUCCAAAUGAGCUGGUGGCUCUUAUGAGUGCUAAAAGAGAUGGAGACAAGCCUGAUCCAGAAGAUAGCACUAGGAAGAUAUAUCGUUUCAGUCAAACGGUUCCAAUACCCUGUUAUUUGAUUGCUUUAGUUGUUGGUGCUUUAGAAAGCAGAGAGAUCGGCCCAAGAACCUUGGUGUGGGCUGAAAAGGAGCUGGUGGAAAAAUCGGCUUAUGAAUUUGCAGAGACUGAAGCCAUGUUAAAAAUAGCAGAAGACCUUGCAGGACCUUAUGUGUGGGGUCAGUACGACUUGCUAGUUUUGCCACCAUCAUUUCCAUAUGGUGGUAUGGAGAAUCCCUGCCUUACUUUUGUGACUCCUACAUUACUGGCUGGUGACAGAUCACUAUCCAGUGUUAUUGCUCAUGAAAUUUCUCAUAGUUGGACCGGGAAUUUGGUAACAAACAAAACGUGGGAGCAUUUUUGGCUAAAUGAAGGACACACUGUUUAUCUGGAGCGCCGAAUUGGUGGCCGGCUCUUUGGCGAACAGUUUAGGCAAUUCCAGGCUCUGGGAGGCUGGAGAGAAUUACAAAAUACUAUAAAUACGCUUGGAGGCACAAAUCCUUUGACUAAUCUGAUCCCUAACCUGAAGGAAGUAGACCCUGAUGUUGCAUAUUCUUCAGUUCCAUAUGAGAAAGGUUCUGCUUUACUGCUUCAUCUUGAGCAACUUCUUGGAGGACCAGAUAUCUUCAUUGGCUUCUUGAGGGCGUACAUCCAGCAGUUUGCAUAUAAGAGUGUAAUGACUGAUGACUGGAAGAAUUUCCUGUAUUCCUAUUUCAAGGACAAGGUUGACAUUCUUGAUACAGUGGACUGGAAUGCAUGGCUGAACACCCCUGGCAUGCCACCAGUCAAACCAACGUACGAUAUGACUCUAUCAAAUGUUUGUGUUGCCUUGAGCCAAAGAUGGAUAAAAGCCAGUGAAAGUGACCUCAGGUCCUUCAACGCACCUGAUAUAAAACCAAUGUCCUCUCACCAGCUUAUUGAAUUCCUUGCGCUGCUGCUGGAGAAUCCUCUUCAAGUGAGCCAUGUAAGACGAAUGCAGGAAGUUUACAACUUCAAUGCAGUGAACAAUGCUGAAAUUAGAUUCAGGUGGCUGCGCCUCUGCAUCCAAGCCAGAUGGGAAGAUGCCAUUCCUCUAGCUCUGAAAAUGGCUACAGAACAAGGCAGAAUGAAGUUUACUCGCCCCUUGUUUAAGGACCUCUAUAAAUUCGACCAGUCACGUGAUCAAGCUGUCAGUGCUUUCCAGCAGCAUCGAGCCGAAAUGCACCCAGUGACUGCAAUGCUGGUUGCCAGAGACUUGGAAGUGGCUGGACAAACAGCCUAACCUUUGCAAAAUUCUAAGGACUAACUCCUGCAAAAUCUCUUCUGCUCCCAUCUCCCUCAAUCAUGAUAACUUGCAUGUUUGAUUACUAACCCAGAUUUCUGUUCUGAAGCUGA